UUCAGGGUUUACACGCUAGCAAUGAUCUUUCUUUUAUCAGAUCCAGUGUAAUUAUGGGCAGAUUAAUUUUAAGGCCCGGCGACGGUCCUAUUUUUUCAGUUAAGUAUAUCACAAGAUAGGCUGCUCUCUUUUACAUUUACAUCAAUCCAUUUUACUCUUUCUUUCCUCUACACAAUAUAAUACUUGACCCUAUUCAUGACUUCAGACUUCGUCAAGGUUACCUAGGACAUAUCGACGAGAAGUCAAGGUUCAAUUGUCUGGCUUGAGGAGGGCAGCGGAGAAACCAACGAUGUCCAGCGUAGACCGGGAGAAUGCAAUUGGCGCAACGGGGGUUGAUAAGAACCAGGUGCCUGCAAAUGAUUCAGAAUCAGAUCAUGCACCAGUUGGUAACUGCAUCCUUCAGUACUCAGAAUUUGAAGACAUUUACUAAUCAAAAUAAUAGAACGACAUGAGAGUAGACUUUCUCGGAUAGUCUCCAGAAUUGACCAUGACGAUGCGGAGAUACGAUACGAUAUUGAGGGUAAAGGCAACCAAAUAUCUCAACCGGAUUCAUCCGCAUCUAGCAUCUUGGGCUCCCGGAAGAAAGUAAUACAUUGGGAGCAGGAUGAUCCGGAAAAUCCAUACAAUUGGUCUUCGGUGCGUUAAUGUCUUGUUUUGGAAAUUGUUCAACAAAAUAUUCAGUGGGAUGUUCAGGAAAAUGAAAUUGAAGACAUCAACUGACUUUGAUGCACAGGCACGGAAGUGUUACAUCGUUCUCGUAGGAAUGCUUGUGGUAAUCAAUAGUACCAUGGGUUCUUCGUUACCUUCAAAUGCAAUCCCAUAUAUUGCUCCACACUUUCACAUAACAUCCGAGUCUGCGCAAAUUUUACCAAUCUCAAUGUACCUUUUUGGAUACGUCCUUGGACCUUUGGUAUUUUGCCCAUUAUCAGAACAGUAUGGGCGAAGGAAUAUCAUGUUGGCAACCUUUUUUGGCUACAACGCCUUCACACUAGGUUGCGCCUUAACGCCAACGUGGGGAGGUCUAUUAGCGUUUCGUAUUCUUGCCGGUAUCAAUGCAAGUAGCCCUAUUUCUGUCAGUGGAGGUAUCUAUGCAGAUAUAUACAAGGAUCCAGUCACAAGAGGGCGAGCCAUGGCGGUCUUCACUGGAGGCACUUGCGUAGGUCCUGUAGCGGCCCCAAUCAUAUCGGGAUAUAUAUCUCCUGCACUGGGUUGGCGUUGGACUUUCUGGAUCGGUUUGAUUGUCGCUGGUGCAUCUUGGAUUCCUCUCCUAUUUCUUCCGGAAACCUAUGGUCCUGUUCUACUCCUUGAACGCGCGAAGAGAUUGCGCAAAGAAACAGGUAAUCCAGAAAUCUUCGCGCCCAUCGAGCUGGAAAAGCAAGAUCUAAAACAAAUGAUAACGGUGACAUUCACGCGGCCUGUCCGCAUGCUAUUUUUCGAACUUAUUGUUUUGGCCGCCUGCUCCUACCUCGCCCUGGCAUAUGGGAUAUUCUACAUGUACUUUGAGGCUUUUCCCAUUAUCUUUGAAGGAAUUUAUGGCCAAUCAUCUGGUGUCUCUGGUCUUAUGUUCCUUCCUAUUGCUGGUGGUGCCGUUCUAGCUACCAUUGUGUUUCUCUGGUGGGAUACAUUUCUCCGCAAAGCUCAGGCAGCCAAUAAACCUUGGACUAAGAGAGAAGAAUCACGGCGACUUCCGCUAGCCCUUUUCGGUGGACCUCUUUAUGUCAUUUCGCUUUUCUGGUUAGGCUGGACAUCUCAUGUCUCAAUUCCCUUUUAUGUUCCAAUGUUGGCUGGUAUUCCAUUCGGAAUGGGAUUUAUUUUAAUCUUCGUCGCAUUAAUCAACUAUUUGACGGAUGCCUAUGAAGUUUUCGCCGCAAGUGCUAUGGCUGCAUCGAGCUGCUGUAGGAGCUUAGCUGGUGCGGUAUUGCCAUUUGCGGCCAAGCCUAUGUACUCCAGGCUAGGAGUGCCAUGGGCAAGUAGUCUGCUUGCCUUUCUGAGUCUGCUUAUGUGCGGUAUACCGCUGUUGUUUAUGUGGAAGGGUGAUCGUAUUAGGCAGGGGAGUUUAUUUUGUCAGGAGCUCAAACAACGAAAGAUCAAAGAAUUAGAGAACUUGGAGAAGGACAAAUUGGCGACAGGAAUUGGUGGACCUUCUAGGAUUAUUGAAGAAGUCUAGGUCCACAAGUGAGCGUAUUGAACGGGGUCUUUUGGUGUGAAACUGGUUUAAUGAUUAGCUUUGAUGCACGUAUAUGUCGACUAUGAACAUUUGGGUCAAAUAUGGGUAAAAAUAUAUAGUAUGUGGUUUGACAUUUAAUGAGGUACCGUUGUACGACUCCUAAAAUAUUUACUCAAACUUUUUCAAUCAUAUUGUUUUCUUUUUUCUUCCGGUCAGCAUAUAAGUAUUUAGAUCGUCGAAGCGACAGAUUUAUGCAUCCUUAAAGUAGCAUUUUCUAUUAGAAAAUGCGACGCGAUCUUCCUAUUUGGAUUUCUCUGAGCUAUCAGAUGUCAGCUUAUUCCCCAGUUCUUUCCUGCCCAGGAUUAAUGUUAGAUACUCUGAGAAAUAUUCUGACAUAAAACACCACAGUGGAUGGAC